AUGUCUCGAGGUGGAAUGUCUGGACCAUCCAUUGUUGAAUUCAAGGGCAUGCGAUUUCUAAUUACUGAUCGCCCAACAACUGUCACUAUACCGCAGUUUAUUAAGCAACUAAAAAAUCAUGGUGCUACUGAUCUAAUUCGUGUAUGCGAACCGUCUUAUGAAGCAAGCCUGCUAGUAGACGAGGGAAUUAAAGUUACCGAUUGGCCUUUCGAGGAUGGUGGUCCACCUCCUCCUAAGGUGGUACAGGAAUGGUUUGACUUGUUAAUUGAUCGAUUUGCUGAAAAACCGGGCUGCUGUGUAGCAAUUCACUGUGUUGCUGGGCUUGGAAGGGCUCCGGUUCUGGUUGCUCUUGCAUUAAUGGAAGCCGGCAUGAAAUACGAAGAUGCUGUCAAAUUUAUUAGGGAGAAGCGUCGUGGUGCCAUUAAUUCGAAACAGCUUAGUUUCUUGGAGCAUUACAGACCCAAAAGACGCUUGAAGUCUGUAUCGCAGCAAAAUGGAGGAAGCGGUGGUUGCUGUAUGCAGUAA